AUGGCCCCAAAGCGCCACGCGGCCUCAACUACCUCCGCGGCUCCCUCCGCGAUCACCACGCCCGCAGCACCAAAACUCUCGUCUGGCCCUGCCACCCUGAAGGCAAAUGCUUCCGCCGCUGAAAUUGCCCAGCAUGUCUGGCAUCAAUAUUCGUCAACCACGCCGCGGCGAACACUCCUCCUAGACGCCUUCAUGGCGUUCCUCGUGCUAGUCGGCGGCCUGCAGUUCUUGUACUGCGUUCUUGCUGGAAACUACCCCUUCAACGCGUUCCUCAGUGGUUUUGGUGCCGCCGUUGGCCAAUUCGUCUUGACGGCAAGUCUGCGCAUGCAAACUAGUGACAGUGGUGUGGGAUCAAAGCCAAGCUCCAAGGGAAAGAAUGCACGGUUUGCAGAUGAGGUUGAAGAGGGGACAGGUACUUCGCAUGAGAGGGCAUUUGCCGAUUAUAUCUUUGGAAGCCUGAUUCUACACUUCUUCUGCAUCAACUUUAUUAACUAA